AUGUCAAUGAUCCCUGCCCUGUCAUCUCAGUCUGAGAAGAGGACUCUGCCGCAUUACACACAAGACGAUCAAAGCACCAUCUUACCUGAAAAGAUCUAUCCUCCAGCCUACUUUGAGCCGACAAACGAAUAUCUCAACAAGGGAUGGAGAUUUAUGUUUUGUAACAACAACUUCAAUUCUGAUCUAAGGGUAUUUGUUUCAGCUGAUUCUGUAGGGAAGUACAAAUCGUUCAAGGAUGCUAGCGGCGCACAGGCUGCUAAGUACGCUCGGGAAUUGCAAAUGCAAGGGGUUGGCAUACCGUUGCUAAAAGCUGACAUUCAUAGACUCAGUCUUAACAAGUUUUUAACUAUUAAGCGGUACUAUGUGGAUAAGCAAAAGAUCAAGUUGCGAGGAUUCGAUAGCAAGCAAGACUUGCAUGACUUCUGUGUCGUAUGGAAAUAUCGUCACGGUUCAUAUUCUACCUAUGAAUUAAAGUUCACUCCUGAUCCCUACGACAGAAAACAGGACUUCACCAUCGUGGUGUUUCAGCAUGGUGUUUUACCAAUUGCAGAUUAUGUGUAUAAUGGAAGUCGCUACAGGUGGAUACAUGAAAGAAGGUCGUAUGGGUACAUUUAUAACUACUCCAAUUUCCUAUUGUGUCCUACUCAGGAUUCUAUGACAGACAAUUGGGACAAAAAAACAAAUAGGUUGGAAAAGUCAAUUGACCCUAAUAAUCCCUUGGUGGGUGGUUAUUUGUCGAAAUUAUUAUCGAUUAGGUCGCAUUUUACCAAGGAAGAAUACUAUUCUCCAAUGAAACUAGGCUCGUUGGACGAAAAAAGGGACUUUUCAAUUCUUGGUCGCUUCAAACAAAAAGCUCUGUUCACAAUGGGAGAUAUCUACAAUACCUCUAACGAUCCUACUGUUAAUUAUGAAAGUAUAUAUUCG